CUUAUUUAAAAAAAAAUAUCUGAUGAGUAAUCUAUGUAUGGACUACGCUCCUAAAUUGCAGAGGUUACUGUCACGAGGAGCUGGGAAUUAGUAAUAUAUAUGUAUAUAUAUGAUACCAAACCGCCCCUACCCACCGCCGUCUAGUCUAAGGUCCAUGCAAUGUUAAUUAUGUGAUCAUAUUCAUUCAUAGACCCUGCUCCUGCAUUUCACGCACUCUAUUCCUAUUUCCGACAACCUUGAGUACCUACCCUCAUCAUACUUGAUGACACAUCUUUAUAUUCCUUCUCCCAUGAUUUUUAAAUAAUAUCAACCAAAAUGACAACAAGGGUUGUGCAUGAGUCCUAUGAUCCAAUGCCCGGUUCUUCAGGAUUAUGUCUCGUUAAAUUUAUAGUAUACACUUUGUUUUUUUGAGCUUCGUGAACACCGGGUUGUCUUGUCUCCGAUUCUUUAAUCAACUUCAACCUGAAUUCAUGGUGGUCCAAAGCACAAGACUUAGAUUAGUGUUCAUGCAAUCUAUUCUGCCUCGUUGCUUAUAAGCUCACCUUUAUUUCAUACUCAAGUUGGUCGCAAAAGCUUGGUCAAAAGCUUCUGUUGAGCAGUUGAUCAAUUCAGUGACGAGGUUGGAACAUAAGGCACGGUUUGCCAAGGAUAUUGGAAGUAGUACUUUCAAAUCACACGAAACUUUUGCCUUUACCUUUUUCGGCUCCCGUGAACCACCCCAAAUAGUGUGUCAAUCACAAGUCCAAACUACUAACCUUUAUUGUGCUUUAGUUAUCAACUUAUCUGCCCAUAUAAGGAUUUCCAAGUUGUUGAGUUGAACAUUCAGUACUACCUGUGUGGAGAUAGAUUGAUAGAAAGAAAGUUGAAACCAAAAUGGAUGGUGGUUAUUUUCCACCUGGCAAAAUUGGUUCAUGGCAUGGAUUGGAAUUACAGGAUGUGCAAGAAAAUGAUGAACUCAAAUUGGUUCCAUCGUUAUUUGCCAUACCUCAGCCACCUACCCCACAUGAGCCCAUGGAGUUCUUAUCCAGGUCUUGGAGUCUCUCUGCUGCAGAAAUUUCAAAGGCUCUUUUGGAAAAACAAAAGCAUAACUUCCAUGACAAGAAUCAAGCCACCUUUCCAGAAGCUAUUUUGGCUACUCAAUUAGUAACAAGUAAGACCAUGCCUUAUCCUUAUAGCAAAAAGAUGGGCACUAUUGGAAAAUGGUUUCAUCAGAGGCAUCAUGGGAAUACUAAUAUCACUGUAAAGAAGAAAGAUCGGGCACGUUUAGAAAAUGCACGUGUACAUUCUGCUGUGUCUAUUGCGGGGCUUGCUUCGGCCUUGGCUGCUGUUGCUGCAGCAGAGAACUCUAGCUGCUCUCAAACGAAGUUGAAACUUGCUCUGGCUUCAGCCACACAACUCUUGGCAUCACAUUGCAUUGAAAUGGCUGAACUAGCUGGAGCUGAUCAUAAUCAUGUGGCUUCUACUAUAAAGUCUGCGGUUGAUAUUCAAACCCCUGGUGAUCUAAUGACUCUUACAGCUGCAGCUGCUACAGCUUUGAGAGGAGAAGCAGCUCUAAGAGCAAGAUUGCCAAACGAAGCAAAAAGGAAUGCAUCUAUAAGUCCCUAUGAUAGGGUACUACUACCACAAUCACAUCGGUUUUUUGCCUUUGAAGGACAGAGUUGUGAACAUCAUCCUCCAUGUGUGGGAGAUUUGUCGCAGCUCACAAGAAAAGGUGUAUUACGAUGGAAGCAUGUUUCUGUUUAUAUCAACAAGAAGUGUCAGGUCAAAAUCAAGAUCAAAAGCAAGCACGUUGGAGGAGCCUUCUCCAAAAAGAAUAAAUGUGUGGUCUAUGGAAUUUGUGACAAAGAUGGGGCAUGGCCAUACAGAAAAGAAAGGAAAACGUCAGAAGAGUUCUAUUUUGGUCUCAAAACUGCACAGGGUCUUCUAGAGUUUAAGUGUGAUAGUAAACUCCACAAGCAAAAAUGGGUUGAUGGAAUAGGGUGUCUACUUCGUCGAGUUAACUCUAUUGAAGCAACAGAGCGUUCUCUAGAUCUUCUAAGUAUUAACAGCGACACAUGACGGAUUUGAAUUGCAUUGUAUCACUGUUUAGAGAAAUUUUAAGAAAUUGAAAAAUAUUUGAGAAGACAUUUUGUUUGUUUUUUAAAUCAAAAAGGAGUGUAUGAAGUCACUUAAGGUUUCAAGACAUGUAGAGUUGUAAAGAAAAAGGAUCGGAAUGACAUUUCAAAAAGAUAUUAGGACUUAGGAGAAGCCAAGGUUGUAAAAUAAUUUCUUUUACGACAGUACAUUAUGUAUGUGUGUAAUUGUGUUAUGUA